AUGCAAACACUAAAUAAUAAGCGAAAGGGAGAGGGCAUCGCAUCACAAGAGAUUCCAAUUAUCAGGAAAAAAUUAUCUCGCCAUGCUCAUGCAAAUAGAAAUAAAAAACAAAAGUGCGAUCAUAAACAAAAUAAGGUUUUUUGUAAGCCAGAAGUUGCCAAGCCUAUCAUUAAAGAUGAUAUUAUCUUUGAUUCAUCCUGG